CUAACGGACUGCCCACAAUAAUCACACGCCUGUUUGCAGUGAAUACACGGCCACUAGUAGUGCAAAGGAUACCUUGUUUGGAAUUAAGAAAACAGACACAAGUACUAUGGCGGUAAGUGUUACCAAGCAGUGCCUGACGGAAUUGUAGUAGAGGGUGUUUGCAACUUCCAACUAUGAAACAGUUGUAUCUUCAAGCAGGUUGUGAUCCCUUCAGGGAGCGGGUUACGGGUCUAAACAGCUCAACUUCAAACUCCCUUCUCUCCUACAUCAUCCGAGGAUGUUCACUCAUCAACGAUACGUCAUUUCCGGUGUAUGUUGACAUUGUUGAGAGUGAACGCAACAAAACCAGCCAAGAAACAGACUCCGGCGCAGUGUUAUAUAUUGUUGCUGUUUUGGUGUUUUAUUCUGCCGGAAUAAUUGUGAUGAUUAUUAAGUAUUUAAGACGUGAGCAGAGAGAAUUGGAGGAGGAACGUAUCUUAGAAGACUUCUUUCGAAGUAUGCCAGCAUAUAAAAAAGAACGUGAGCAAAACAAUGUUAAUCGCGUGGCAAUACACGCAUUUCAUGCGCUGACGUCAUUUUCUUAUGACGAAGAUGAAAAUGACGUGUACAGCUCAGACGGGGAGGAAGAGUUGCCACCGUGUGCGGAAACAAUUGAAGAGGAGGAGGGUGAACAUCACGAAUCUCGUGAAUUCUCACAGUUUUCAAUGUCGUUAAAUAAAUCCCUCGAGGAGCAUGAUCUUGCCUACUCACGAGGCUCAGACGCCCAGUUGACAGAUUUAGUAGAAACGACAAACAGUUCGUCGGAACUAUCUGGGACUAAUUUGGAGAAAGAGACACAUCUUUGACAAGUGUUUGCAAUUAUCGUUUCAGAUUCUCUGAAGAUUAUGGUUUCGUUCUUUUUUCACAAAGGAAGUGUUCAGUGUUGUUCUGGUAUUUAGUAUAGGGUAUCAACUGAGAUCAACAGUUGCCUUAUACUACACACCUUCUGACAUCGAAACAAAAGAAUAUGACUCUUUUGCGGAAGCUGGCAGUAUUUGUAUCAAACUGUAUCAUUCCAUUUGAGUCCCGCAAUAAACCUAAAUCAUUAUUGACAAUCCGAAACAAAACUUGCCUUACACUAAAGUAUGGACUAUUGUCGGUGCCUUUCUAAAUAUUUGGUGUGGACCUAUGUAAAUAUAACAAGUAAUCGGAAUUGAUUUAAUACUUAUUUAGUGUUUAAGCUUUAAUCACAGUGAUUUUCAUUCAUUUACUUAAGGUCGUUUUUUUCGAAAAU